UUGGGGAGGCUGAAUACGCAGCAGAAAACCUUAGAGGAGCCCUACCUUGAAAGGUGAUCCCUACCCGGGCCGGGAGGGCCUUGGGGAGGGGCCUGGCCGGGACGGCCCGACUUCCGUGACACGGCAAACACAGAAAGACAAAGUCCAUUUGGAUGGAAUCGGAGCGGAGAGAGAGGGGCCAUUUUGACUCUGGGGUCCGGGAGCGGAGGCACCCAGGUCCAAGGAUAACUUUGGGGCCAUGACUGCCAUGAUUCUCACAGUGGAUCCCGGAUUUCUGCAUUCCGAGCAAUGGCAGGUGCCACUGGACUUGUUCUGAGAACUUUUUCCUAAAGGAUGGCCAAGGGGCUCCUGAUGACCUAUGCCCUUUGGGCUGUAGGAGGCCCUGCUGGGCUCCACCACCUGUACCUGGGGCGGGACAGCCAUGCACUGCUCUGGAUGCUUACCCUGGGAGGGGGUGGGCUAGGCUGGCUCUGGGAAUUCUGGAAGCUCCCAAGCUUUGUAGCGCAGGCCAACAGAGACCAGGGGCAGAGGCAGAGCUCAGGAAGGGGGACACCCCCUCUGAGCCCCAUUCGCUUUGCAGCUCAGAUGAUAGUGGGCAUCUAUUUUGGCCUUGUGGCUCUCAUUAGCCUUUCCUUCAUGGCCAGCUUCUAUAUUGUGGGCCUCCCACUGGCAGUUGGCUUAGGAGUCUUGCUGGUAGCUGCUGUUGGCAACCAGACCUCAGACUUUAAGCAUACCCUAGGGGUGGCCUUUCUUAUUUCCCCUAUCUUCUAUGGCCGCCCCAUAGCCAUCCUGCCCAUCAGCUUGGCUGCCAGCAUCGCAGCCCAGAAGCAUCGCCGCUACAAAACUUCAAUUGGGUCAGAGACGCUCAGUGUGCGGCUCUACCGCCUGGGCUUGGCUUACCUGGCUUUCACAGGCCCGCUAGCGUACAGCGCCCUCUGCAACACAGCCGCCACCCUCAGCUAUGUGGCAGAGACCCUUGGUUCCUUCUUGAGUUGGUUCAGUUUCUUCCCCCUCCUUGGCCACCUGAUGGAGUCUGUCUUCCUUCUGCCUUACCGAGUCUGGAGUCUGCUGGUGGGAGAUCAUGGCUUCAGCAGCGGCUACUUCCAGGAGUGGGAGAAACUAUAUGAGUUUGUUCAGAGUUUUCAGGAUGAGAAGCGUCAGCUGGCAUACCAGGUUUUGGGUCUUGCCGAGGGGGCAACAAAUGAAGAAAUACAUCACAGAUACCGGGAGCUGGUGAAGAUCUGGCACCCUGACCACAAUCGGCACCAGCCGGAGGAAGCUCAGCGGCACUUCCUGGAGAUCCAGGCUGCCUAUGAAGUCCUGAGUCAGCCCAGGAAGCCCAGGGGAUCCUGGAGAUUAAACACCACCUUGUUUAAGGAAGCGCUGUAGUUCAGUAGAGAGAAGAUGGAUGGAGAAGGAGAUGGAUUCUCCUUCUGCCACUGGCAUGACCAGGAUGAGCCACUUUACCAUUGGGUCCCAGUUUUUUCCCUGUAAGUUGAGGAAGUUGGACUUUGUUAAGAUCGCUUUUCACACUGGAUUCUGGGUUUUUAACUGUUCAGCUGGGGCUUGUGUUAAAUCGUUUGGUUUGUCAUCUUCUCUGCCCUCUUGUGGACACUGUCUUGGGAAGAAAAUAAAAUAUUUAAUUGCUCAAAAACAAUAUAAGGGCCAUUUCCCUCCAUAAAAUACUUCACCUGUAUCAAACUCUUUUAGUUUAUUCAUCUUCCCUUCUCGUUCCCAUCCAUAGACGUAUGUAAUUGAAUCAUAUCAGGGGUACAAUUUUAUAGUUUUUCCCCCUCACUGAAUC